AAGCGUAAAAUAAUUUAAAAAGGAACAAGGGAGGAAAUAAGGGAGAGGAGAUCUGUGAGAACUUGAAAACCAAAAUAUUUUCAUACACAGCUCUCCUUCUCUCCGGUCAGAUCGGGAACCCCCACCCUCCACCAUCCGCAUAUUAGGUUUUUAAAUGUUACGAUAUUUUCUCUCUCUUUUUUUUCCUCAUAUGAAAAUUUAAAAAUUAUCCGACCGUUGAUCACUUUGAAUUUAGUGUCAUUCCCAAAUUUCUUGAUCCCAAAUGAAUAUAUUUCUUUAGGGUUUGUUUCGUGGGGUUUGGUGGGGAUUUUUUUUCUUUUUUAAAAUUCUCUAAUCCGCGUAACUUGAUUAGAAUUGUGGAUUAAUUAUACGAGAACUUUGGAGUUUGGGGGCUUUGGAUCAGAAUGGCUUCGGCUCAGGUGCUGCGGAAACAGGAGCAUUUGCAAGCUGGAAAGCGCCGGCUGGAGGAGUUCCGUAGGAAAAAAGCAGCAGAGCAAGCAAAGAAGGCUGCGUCUACUAGCCAAAAUCAUGCUUCUGAUGUCAGGCCUAAUGAGAGACAGCCUUUGGAAACUGUCCCUGUACUUAUUACAGAUUCAGAGGGAGUUGGCACAUCUGAUAUUCAGGGCCAAGCUUUUAUAGGACUCUCUCCUGCUGUAACUGUCAGUGAAAACAAAGAAAUUAUUUUUCCCAUUAAAAAUGAGAAAGAUUCUUCAGAUGAUGCACCUUCUACUCCUCAAUUGUCAGUGAAAAAUUAUGAUGCAUAUUCUGCAGAUAACAAAAACUUUAAGAGAUAUGGUAGUUCAGGAUUUGAUGGAUCAAUGGAUGUUAAUCAUAUCCAUGGGACAGAAGGGCAUAAUAUUGAUUUCAGAAUAUAUGCUGGAGUGCAUGGCGGACUUCCUUAUGAGACUACAGCUGAUUGGUCUAUUCUUUCACGCACACAAGCAAGUCAGGACUUUGACAGUACAAGUAGUAAAUCUAGUUUUCAUGGGACAGAUGAAAUCCAACCAACAGAAAGUGGCAAUUCUUUGAUGCAGUCCAGUGUUAAAAAUCCUGGUUAUUCUAUUGUUUCUACUACAAAAGUCUCACCUCAGGAUUCUGAUGGUAUUCGACUGCAAGAUUAUUCCAGUAAUGCUAGCAUGCUGAUUGGUGCUCAUACAUCCUCUGCAUUUUAUGAUGACUCUAUCCAGCCCACAACUAAUGUAAGAGGGUCUGCUCAUGAAGCUGGGAAAUACAUGAAUGGUGUUGCCCACAUCAAUGAUUCUAAGGUUUCCAAUUUUGGGGAAAGAAAUGUUAAUGGUCCUGCUAGUGUAGACAAUGCAGCUCCACAAUCAUUUGAAGCGAUGGAUUUUGGUGCUGAAGUCAGGAGUUCCCCCAAUCAAGUACCACUAUUUUUAGCCAAAACUGAAACAAAUUCUAGGAGAUCUCGGCCAUCUUUUCUCGAUUCUCUUAAUGUUCCUAAAGCUUCUUCAGCGACUCUCUUUCAACAUACCGAACCUGAGGAGUCAUUUAUGUCCAAUGGUUCAAAUACAAACAGCAUGGAAUUUUUAGGAUCAUCUUUUUUUCAAAAGCCAUCAGGACAGAGUGAAAGUGAAGGGGCUUCUUCAAAGCUGAAAACUCUUAAUGGUCCUAGCGAAUUCGAUCAAUCCACGCAUUCUUCCGAAUAUUCCAGCAAUGAGGCAUUUGUGAGAUCGAGUAUAUAUGGCAACAGCAUGGAUAGGAAACAGGAGUUUUUUUCAGCUAAAAAUAAUGAAGAUUUUGCUGCUUUGGAACAGCAUAUUGAAGAUUUGACUCAAGAAAAAUUCUCUUUGCAACGAGCUCUUGAGGCCUCACGUGCUUUAGCAGAGUCCCUAGCUGCUGAAAAUUCAUCCGCAACAGAUAGUUACAACCAACAGAGAAGUGUCAUUAAUCAACUUAAAUUUGACAUGGAAAACUUACAGGAGGAAAUCAAGGCCAAACUGGUGGAACUUGAGUCUGUUAGGAUUGAAUAUGCAAAUGCACACCUAGAAUGCAAUGCUGCUGAUGAGCGCGCCAAGUUGCUGGCUUCUGAAGUUAUCGGUUUAGAGGAGAAGGCACUCAGACUAAGAUCUAGUGAGCUAAAGCUGGAGAGGCAACUGGAGAACUCCCAAGCUGAAAUCUCUUCAUACAGAAAGAAAAUGUCUAGCUUAGAGAAAGAUCGUCAGGAUUUGCAGUCAACUAUUGAUGCUCUUCAAGAAGAGAAGAAGCUGUUGCAGUCUAAGCUGUGGAAAGCUUCCACAAGUGCAAAGUCUAUUGAUUUUAGCAAUAAUACUCUUAAUAAGAGAGAUACAUCUACCUCUACUGAAGAUUUAGAUGCUUCCUUCCAUGAAAUGGAUCAAAAUGCAUCUUCGCUUGGAAGUGAUGCCUCCAGUGUUAACUUGCUGCCUGAAAAUGGACAGUCAACUCUUGAAGUUUCAUCAGUGAAUAUUCCUCCUGAUCAGAUGAGAAUGAUUAACAAUAUCAGCACUUUAAUCUCUGAGUUAGCUUUGGAGAAAGAAGAGUUGAUGCAAGCUUUGGCAUCCGAGUUAUCUCAUUGUUCCAAGCUAAAGGAGAUUAACAAGGAGUUGUCCCAUAAGCUCGAAGCUCAAACUCAAAGGCUAGAGCUUUUGACUGCUCAAAGUAUGGCCCAUGAGAUUAUACCAGCUAGGCAACCUGAUUCUCGUGCUAUGCAUGAGAAUACCCCAUAUGCAGAUGAGGGUGAUGAGGUGGUAGAGAGGGUCUUAGGAUGGAUCAUGAAGCUCUUUCCUGGAGGGCCAUCAAGACGGAGAACCAGCAAGCUUCUGUAAUACGCAAACCAGAAUAGCUGUCUGCAAUUCAGAUCUGAUUUGGUCAUCCCCCCAUGAUGUAUUUGGUGAUACAACAAAGGUAGUAGUUUGUAUAUCUUGAGUCAACUAUACAGCCAUUCUUUGUGGAAAGGAAAUGAGUUUUGUUUUGAGAGGCCUUCCCAUCGAUUGGAAAAUUCAAUUAUCAUUUAUUAGACAGAAGACAAUAAAAAAAAUGUCCCGUAAAUGGCACCGUUUCUUUUGUGUUUGGAUAUCAAAGUGUAAUGGGACAUUUGUUGGAUAUGAUGUUAGAGAGAGAGAGAGAGAGAGAGAGAUGAUGUUGAUAUAUACAAAUAUUACAGGUUGUAACAUUCAUACUGUUUUGUUGUUGUUUUUACUGCUCAUGUCAAUUGUAUUUGAGAUCAAAGAGGGGCUUAAGCCUAGGAAAUGGAUCAAAGUUUUGGUUUUCCACAGGUUCUUGUCCUGCUGUAUUUUGGACUUCAUGCUUGGCUUGGUUAUACAAGAAUGAAGAAUGAUUGUGAUAUCA